UUGUUAAUUUCAUUUGCUAAUUUAUUUUUCACAUAUGUUUGUGAUUAUAUUGUCAACAAUAUAUUUCAGAAGGAAUGUGCAGAAAUCGAUGAUGAGAAGGCAUCUUCGUCAAAAACUUCAGUUCAUCGUAAAUUAUGUGUAGAAUAUCAAGCAAAUCAUUGGUCUCCACAAUUUUUAUAUCGUACGAUGAGUGAUCUCACAGUUGCUGCAAUUCGACUUUCUGGCUCAGAAGGUAGUGGUCGAACAGAAAUUGGCCGAUUCUAUGGCAUGAAUACUCGUUCAAAAACUGGUAAUCGUAAGGUAUCUCGUCAUAUAAUCAACGCAUUAAAAUUAUUUCCCGCCUACUUCGGGCAAUAUCAAAAAAUGGAAGGGCGAUGUCGAACUCUUAGGUACUAUUAUAAAUUCUCUUCUGGUCCUAAAAGUUUCAAUACAUUAUUUGCUGAAUGGAAGAACAUUAAUGGAAGUGAUUGCCCAUUUACUAUGGGGCAAGUAAUUAAAUUCCCAAAUGCAAAUUUAAGCACAUUACGAAUAAGCGAUGUAUCCUUGCGUCGUCUUAUGGAUAUAGUACGAUUGAUUAAGGAGAAAUCUGUUAUUGUGACAAUGGCUCGUUUGCACAAAAAAAUUAUUGAAAUCGAAAAAGGAUAUGAAUAUGGUCAUUUGAUCGAUAAAAGGUCUAUUAGGAAAUGUUUGAAAGCUUUAGAAAAAGUGAAAUUGCUUCACGUUUUUGAAACAACAGUUCGACAUGAUGAGACUCAGCACAAAGUUUAUUUUCAUUUCUUUUUUAGUUUAAUUGUAUUUUUAAUUAAAUUAAAUUAUAUUUUUCACAACAAUUCUUAUUUUUUUCAUGCUUUGAUCAUUUGUUACCAAUAUUCUGUUAGUUCGAUGUAUCGCUUUUAA